CUGCCUGCAGGAUCUAAACUGAGCAGUCCCUGAGAGGAUGGGAGGUAGGAAGGAAUGGCAGAUCCUGUAGGCUGUAUCCAUCAGUGUUUUCAUGGAGUGCUCUGAUUUGGACAGGAUGGAGUUCCGUUCAUUUUUUUUCCUGCCUGGAAAGUGUUCCUUUCCCUGGCUCCUCUGACUCCCUUUGGGAGCAGCAGAUCCCCAAAUCUGAGGUGGCUUUUAAGCAGUUCAUAGACAGCACAUCAAUCUUUCCCCAGCCAGCAGAAAGGCAAAGCUGGGAUCCCUGCAGUGCUGGGGGUGAUGGCUGUGGAGAAUGAGCUGUCAGGCACCUAUUGCUCAUCUCCCAAUGUCCUGAGCCCUGCUAUUUCCUUGUCACAAAGCUGAUGUGUGGAUUGUCUGAGAAGAAAACUCUUUUGGAAAAGUCUAGUUUAUUGCUCUUUACUUGGAGUAUCUGGCCUAAGUGUUUGGAAGCCUGUGGCUUGUAAGGAGAGAUAAGAGCAAAACAGCUUCUGUAAGAGGCUUGCUGGUUUUGUCUGCUCUUCACAUCUUGGCGAGAUUUAAUCCCAGCCAGCAACUAAGGACCAGAGAGCAACUUGCUCACUCCCCUACCAGCAGGAUUGGGGAGAGAACCAGAAGAGCUGAAGGGAAAAAACUUGUGGGUUGAAACAAACAUGGUUCAGGAACUAAAUCAAAAGCCACGCACACAAGCAAAGCAAAACAAGGACUUAAGUCACCAGUUUUUUCAGUGUCAGUUUAUUGAUGUUUGAAAUAACAAAGCUAAGACUUCUGGUCAUGUUUUGUAAAGCCCCUUGUUAUUACAUUUGAAUAAAGUUCUUUCUUUUAACACAGGAAAACAUUCUCCUAAAACUGAAACUGAAAGUCCUUUCUUGAUUCCUGGAAAUCUGAUCAAAACUGCUUUCCUGCCUAAACUAUUUUGGUGGUUUGACAGCAAUCCCUGAGCUUUAAGCUUUAUGUAUCCAGAACAUUGUCUGCAACACCUAUCAAGGGAGCACUGUGUGAGAGCAGCACAUGCACCUCUCCCAUGUCUAAUUCAGCCUGGAAAGGGCAAGAAUACUGCCAUUACUUCAGCUGGUGAAUUUUCUUGUACUUCUUGGAAACUGUAGCGUUUCACUGAAUGCAGGGGUUUGCUCCAGUACCGUGCUUGUCUGUGCAGUCAGGCUCAGGCUGAUUAUUAUUUGGUUGCCUUUCCAUCAAGCCUGGUGGGUGCACUGACAGGAUUUGGUUGAACACUGCCUGAACCACGAGGUGAGUGUGAGAGGAGGAGCAGCAGAAUCCAUCACUUGCCAUAGAGUUGGUUUUGCUCAAGAUGACCUCAGAGCUGGAAGAUCCUAAGAAUAUUUAGUGUGGGAAUAUUCACGCAUUAUGCUUACUUUAGGCUGUUUUCUGUUAGCUUUGAGAAGUGGAGUUUCUGCAGGAGAUGACAAUGUUGCAAAAAAUACUUAAAACUCAUCCUUCAGAGGCCUGGGAUUCUUGGUGUUGGGGGAAGAGGGAUAAGAAGCUCAGAGACUGUAAGACAACUUUUACAAAGCAAGCUACUGCAUUAUAAAAUUAUAUUAGGAUAACAUGUUUAUUAUUAUAGUAUUAUAUUAUUAUGCUUAUGUAAUUGACUGGCUAGAUUAUCAUAAAUAUUAAAACAAUGUAAUAGAUAAAAAAAUUGUGUAAGGAAUGUGUAAGAAAAAGUCACUUGCCCCUAUUUCUGAGGGGGAAAUCCAAAAGGAUAAUCCUGUGUGAUUGUGUAUGUUAGGAUUUUAAAAGCCUCUAGACAGGAUUUUACAGCCACACAUGACGGAGUGUGUCCAUGGGCCAACUUGGGAAUGCUGAUGACAACGGCACUGGGCAGCCUCUCGUCCCAGCACUCCACAGACUGAAAGAGAGGAGAUUAACAAGAGCAGGAGAGGAGCUCCUACGUACCCACAGUCAUUGGUGCCACCACAGCACCUACCCAUGCAGUAACUGAUGGAGGGAGAAUCAGGAAAACACAAGCCUUGCAUGUAGCUGAUCCCGUGGUGGAGCACAGCUGGCUUAGCACUUGACGGUACCUCGGAGCAGGGACUUGUGUUGGCCCUGGAGAAGGCAGUGGCUGUUUCCAGAGGACAGUGUAUAUAGAGAGGGGUUGGGGCAGAGUACACAGAGCAAAAUGAGGAUGAAGUUUUGAAAGAGGCUGUAAUGGGAGAGGAAAUGCUGCCACUUUAUUGCAGACAGUGUUUUCCCCUCGGUACCAGGGGCCACAGAGAGGGAGCCAGGUGUGAACACUGGCAGCACCUCCUGUGGCUGCAGCUUGGCUUUUCCCGGCAUUUUCUCCUCCACGGUGUAUGUGGACGGAAAGACACAGAAAUUGGUGAAACAGUACAGCAGCUCCCAAGCCAGGCUUUAAUCAGCAGCCAGAGGUUCUUGUUCUGCAGUCAGUGCUGUUGCCCUUCACUGGAAGGGAGGACCACUCGAAGGUAGAGGCUCCCUGCAGGGUGGCGGUGCAAGCCAUCGUCGGUGGCAGGACCACAGUUCCCACCCAACGGGUGGUUUUGGCAACACCCUCGGGAGCGGAGCCCCGAACCGAGGGGAGGGACAGGACGGGACGGUUCCCAGGCAGAGGCGGCAGUGACGCCAGGAAGGACUCUGCCCUUCUGGCUUCCGCGGGGCGUGCUCGGUCCGUCUCCAUUUAGAGCGGGUCGGCAACGCGGUGGCGGCAGCAGCGGAACAGGGGCGAGGGUGCCUCUGCACACCCCACGUCUCCCCGCUCCGCUGCGCCCUGCGCUGAGCCAGACCAGCUGCACCGCCGUGUCCUGACCGAAGGCUCCUGGGAUGUCACGCCUCAAGCACCAACCCAAGCCUGGCGACCUGAUCGAGAUCAAGCGACCACUUUACCAGCACUGGGCCCUCUACCUGGGGGAUGCAUAUGUCAUCCACGUGACGUCCGAAGAUGAAAGCAUCCCAGCCCUGUCAGCUGGCAGUGUGACAAUAUUGACCAAAAGGGCCAAGGCGAAGAAGCAGCUCCUAAAGGAAGUGGUGGGAACUGAUGACUGGGAGGUCAACAACAAGUAUGACCGCUCCUGCACUCCCCUCCCAGUGAAGGAGAUCAUCAAGUGUGCUCAGAGCUACAUUGGCAGGGUGGUGACCUAUCGUUUGCUUCGCAAAAACUGUGAGCACUUUGUGACAAUGCUCCGCUAUGGCAAGAGUGUCUCUGACCAGGUCAAGAAAGCAAUUCGACGGACUUUCGUGUUAGCUGGUGAAAUGGUCGCUUCUGCAAUUUUUGGUGGGGUUGUGGCUGCUGCCGCUCUUCCUGUUUUUGGUCCUGUUGUUGCUACUGUUGGUGCUGUUGUUGCUCGUGCUUCAGGUGCUUGUGCUUGUGUUCCUUUGGCUAUCAAAAUUGUGAAGGCCUUGUUCUCCAAGGCAUUCAGGAAAAUCAGAAAGAGCAACUGAUGGGCCAUUUGUAAGACCUCCAAGCAAGGCAGGGAGCCCCUGGCUGUUGAUGGUCAUUGCCCAGUAUUUGCCACACCUGAUACCAAAGGCUACCAGCAACUUUGCUGGCCUUCCUGCGAUAAUUAAUAAUUACAAGAAAAUCUAAACAAAUAAACUCAUGUUGACCUAAAUUCCUCUUCUAUCUAUUUGAGUAUAGUUUUGUGUGCAAGUGCAACAAUUCAGCCUUACUUCUCUCUUCCAUUCCAUUAAGAAAUAACAAGUCAAGAGCGGAAGGUGAUUACCAGCAGCACUAGCCUGGUUGCUACAUUUGCUUUUAUUUCAUUGCCUGCGAUGAUUUUUGUGGCAGUCUGGGAGCAUUUGAAAGCAAAUUAUACCUUCCUUCCCCCCACCCUGCCUCCAGUGCUUUGCUGAGGACUGGUGCAGGCUUUCUAUCCAACCUUCCUGUUUUUAUCAGCUGAAUCCUAUGGUCUGUUUCUGUGAAUAUCUGAUUUUAACCUUACCCUUCUGAAAAAGUAAAAUAAAAGUAUUGCUGAGG